AAACUGUCCCGGUAAAGUGAACAUCUCAUCACUAUCAGCUUAAAGAAAACUACUAUCAUCUUCAAAAAUUAUCCUUAAUUUCACAUUUGUUAACCAAGAAAUACAGAUGGCAGAAACAGUGGUGAGCUUUCUGUUGGAGAACUUAUUGCAGCUAUUAAGUGAAAAUGUUGAGCUGAUUAAAGGUGUAGGUAACGAAUUCAAAAAUUUGCUGGAAGAAGUUGAACGCCUAAGAGCCUUCUUAGACGAUGCUGCGCAAUACCACAGUGACAGCAAUCUGUGGGAUCAGCUGGGAAAGGAUAUCCAAAAAACGGUACACAAAGCUGAGGAUGUCAUUGAUAAAUUCCUGGUUCAAUCAAAGCUGCACCGAGAAAAGAAUAAACUGGAAAGAAUCUUCGAUGUGGGGCAUCUAAAUACAGUCAGGGAGCUUGCAAAGGAGAUCAAAGGCAUCCAUGAGAAGGUGAAGAAACUUCGCGAAGACAAUAAAGAUGCUUUCCAGCCCAGACCAGUUCUUGAGCUGCCUAGUAGAGGUGUCCCAGAGCAGGGUCCUUCUUUGGAGGAUGCUGAAGUAGUGGGGUUUGAUGAGGAAGCGAACAAAGUGAUGAGCAGACUUGUUGAAGGAUCAGAGGAUCUAGAUACUAUCCCAGUGGUGGGUAUGCCCGGGCUUGGCAAAACCACACUAGCGAGAAAAAUCUACAAUGAUUCUAAGCUUUCAUAUGAAUUUUUCACCAUCAUUUGGGUUUAUGUCGGUCAGGAAUACAAAAGAAAGGAUAUUUUUUUUAAGAUUCUCAAAUUCUUCACAAGACGCAUUGAAGAUUAUCAAGAUGAGGAUAUGGACGCAUUAGCUAAGGUGAUAGGUGGUUUUAUCAAAAAAGGAGGUAGAUGUCUCAUUUGUUUGGAUGAUGUUUGGAAACCAGAGGUUAUUGAUGAUGUAAAGAAAGUUUUCCCAGAAAACAACAAGGGGCAUCGAAUCAUGAUGACAACACGUCACAGAAAUGUGGCUACUUAUGCCAAUCCAGAUCCUCAUGAUCUGAAAUUUUUGACUGUAACAGAGAGUUUUGAGUUGUUGGUAAAGAGAGUUUUUGGCAAGGGAAGUUGUCGUGAUGAGUUAGUAGGACUAGGAGAAAAAAUUGCAAAAAAAUGUGAUGGAGUACCACUUGUAGUAGUGGUAAUUGCAGGAGCAUUAAAAGGUCGUCUGGAUAAAAAACAUUGGGAAAGAGUUGAGAAGAAUGUGGUGCACCAUCUUUAUAACGAUAACGAAGAUAGCUGCUUGAAAUUUGUGGAGAUGAGUUAUCAUCAUUUGCCCCGAGAAGUGCAGACGUGCUUCUUGUAUUGUGGUGUCUUUCCUCGAGGCUUUGAUAUCCCUUCUUGGAAAUUGAUUCGCUUGUGGAUAGCGGAGGGGUUGAUAAAGCCCCAGGAAACGUACACUCUAGAGGAGAUAGCAGAGUAUUAUUUGAACGAUCUUAUCAAUAGAAAUUUAGUAAUAUUAAUGCAGAAGAGGUCUGACGGUCAAAUAAAAACUUGUCGUCUUCACGACAUGUUGCAUCAGUUCUGCAAAAAGGAGGCUUGUAACAAAUUGCUUUUUCAAGAAGUGUGUCUAACACCUGAUCAAUCUAUUCCUUCUAUGCCAGACCCAAAAAAGUGUCGUCGAUUGUGCAUUCAACCCUCUAACCUGAAAGACCUUCUCUCUGAAAAUCCUUCUAUAGAACAUGUUAGAUCUUUAUAUUGUUUUUCCUCAAAAGAAAAACAACUUGGGUUGUCUCCUAAUGACGUUAAACUCAUCCACCAAGCAUUUCCAUUGAUCAGGGUCUUGGAUGUUGAAUCCUUCAAAUUUAUCUUUUCUAAGACUUUCCACAAGUUAUUUCAUUUGAGAUAUAUUGCUAUCUCAGGUGACUUCAUGGCCAUUCCUCUAACCUUUGGUAAAUUCUGGAAUUUACAAACUCUAAUAAUUAAUACAAGUACCUCAGCGCCCACCCUUGACGUAGAAGCAGACAUAUGGAACAUGUUACAACUGAGACACCUGCACACCAACAUACCUGCAAAAUUACCACCCCCUGCUACCACGACAGGUAAAGCUUCUUGUCUACAAACUCUUUCUUUGGUUGCACCAGAAAGUUGUGAGAAAGAUGUGCUCGCAAAAGCUUGUAAUCUUAGAAAAUUGAGCAUUCGAGGGCAAAUGGCUGCUUUUCUUGGUGCUUACAAGGAUACUGGAGUCUACAAUCUUGAAGAGCUAAAGUGUUUGGAACAUUUGAAAUUGUUGAAUGAUGUUCUUUACAUGAAUAAAACGCCUCACCUCCCUCCAACAUUCUCCAAACUUGUACAUACAGUGAAGAAGUUAACUUUGACAAACACAAGGUUUGCUUGGAGUGAGGCGGAGAAACUGGGUAAGUUGGAAUCCCUUGAGGUCCUAAAGAUCAAAGAAAACGCAUUUGCCGGUGCUUCCUGGAAGCCAAAGACUGGAUUUAGCGCACUCCAGGUCUUGUGGAUUGAAAGGUCAGAAUUAGAAUCCUGGGAGGCUUCAGCUCGUAACUUCUCCAUCCUUAGGCACCUUGUUCUUAUCUCUUGUGAUAAGCUCGAAGCUGUGCCAUUUGAGCUGGCUGAUAUACCUAACCUUCAAGAGAUGAGGCUGGAGAACACAAGCAAAGCGGUAAAUUCCGCAAAAUAUAUACGCGAAAGCAAGACAUCUAAAUGCAAGAAUUUCAAGCUAAGCAUAUUCCCUCCUGAAAAUGAGUCCAAGGCCGCACAAUGAAAUUGAAAGAAGAGAAUUUGGACACUGAGCUUGCUGAAAGCUAGGGUCAGGGACAAAGAGCUGGAGUAUUGUGAUUUUGAAUUAAGGCUAGUAGGUCUGUUGCAUUUUGAGUUUCCCUUUCAUGUGGAAUGUUUUUUUUUUUUUGUCGGUUGUAAACUGUUCGCAUCUUUCCUAAUAUGUUAUGGUUGUAUUUGCUUUGUUU